AUAAGAAGGAAUCAUAAAUCGUUAUCCAAGUCCUUGUGUGGGAGAAUCAAAUACGUGUGUUGCUUUUUCUGUUUUUCAUACUGUUGACUUUAUCACGGAGCACCACAUUACUGCUGGUAUUGAAAAUGGGUUUUCCAGACACCAUAUUCAUUUUGCUUCUCUUAUUUCUGCACUAAAAAUUUGAGAAGGAUUUUCGGUUUUAAAUGGAAACCUUUCUCCUAUAUUCGUGAUGCCAAAGGGUCCGACAGCUUCAGAUACUGUGGAUGUUAAGGAGUACUUGGCUGAUAAUCAGAAUAAACUGGCAAAUCAUGAGAUUAGUAUAGACAGACCUGUUAUGGGUUCUGAUUCUGCAAUUAGUUCACACAAUCCUCUUGGAUAUAAUCUUUCAAAGAAUGGAUUGAUCGCAUCAGCUUUGGAAAUACCCAACUCUGUUUGCUUGUCCUUCGAACAUGUAGACCAAAACGUGAGUGAAAGACUAGUUGAAGAUGGAGAAAAUCCGGAUUUGUCUGCUGCAGCGCCAAAGGAAUUAUGCACCGAUAACGAGCUGGGAUCUAUUAAAAGCGAAGAUCACGGAAAAAGUGAAAGACCGCAAAGCGGUGUAUCAAAUGAGACCUCAGCUGACCCAAAGCAAUACAAUGAAGUGUUGAUUGACGGUUUCUCUAUUCUUUCGUUCGAAUCCAAACAAGACUUGUUGGAAUAUACUAAACUUUGUGAAUCACGUAAUCCUAGAACUGUUUCCAUGAUUGAACAGACAUGUAAACGAGCUCGUAGAUGUGGUGUACCGAAACGUAAGCGUACAAAAGCGUUUCUGAAGCAGACACUAUCGCAGACAUCAACACCAAAUGAUCUACUUCGUCAUCAUCACCAUCAUCAUCAUAAUCAUCAUAACCAUCAUCCUUCAAAGAAACAACAACCUUCUGAUCAUCAUUCAAUUUGUUCCUACAAAUCACAUUAUCAAAAUAAUCAUCUUUCACCUUCAGUUCAUUUAUCACCAAAAAAUGAAACAAGUGUCAAGCUGAGAAUAACUAAUAAUGUCAAUAAUUCACUAGUGUCUACACACUCUUCUUCUUCUUCCUCUAAUAGUAAUAAUAAUAGUGAUAAUAAUACGCAUAAUCGCUUACAUAAUGUGAAUGAUAUCUGUCUUAAUAAAGAAAGUAAUCAUAUUGUUCAGCACCUAGAUGCAUCUUUAUCUAAUCACAAUCCAUAUUCCUUUACAACCAGUUUACCAACUAUUACAACUAUAACAUCAAUCCCUUCUACUUCAUCAUCUAUCAAUCAUUCUCGAUUGAUUACUUCACAUAUACUGGAUAAAACGGAUCAGAUAUACUCAAAAGAAAAUAUCCAGUCACCGGAAUAUUCUUCAAUGAGUCCAUUAAACCAUUCUAGUAUGAAUAUGUCAUCACCACAUGAUUAUCGUUUGAUGUCAUCAUCAGGAGUAUGGAAUUCUCAAAUGAAGAUAGAUUCUGGCUCUCCGCAAAAGGGUGAUAAAACAACAUAUAGUAAGUCCAACAACUGGGAUUCCCAUAAUGGUAAAAUGACCACUACAACUUCUAUCCCUGAUAACGGUAAACUAUCUGAGCCUGUCAGUAAGUCACAUCGUCAUUUAUUCAGCGUAGCUGCUUUAACUGAUGAAGUCACAUAUUCCCCAGAUUCAAAUGAACAUAAACCACAGGUUGUUCUUUCAAAAUCUCCAAAAUGCACAAGCACUAAGAAACGAACCUACAGGAAAUCGGAACAACGUGAUGUAUGUACACACAAUAAGUAUUCGAAAAGUCAUAAUGACUAUGAUAAGUCUGUUGUACAUUCCAAACCUGAAUAUUAUAUUCACACAAACCGGUGCUCCAACUCAAAUAAUAAUAUUAAUAGUAGCAUGUCUUCACAUUUAGCAAGUAAUGAUAUGCUUAAAGGAGGAGUUAACUCAGCAAAUCGUAUUCCUGAGGAAGUACAUGAUAGUGUCUUAAAAUAUCCUUCAUUGUCAUGUGGUCAACAAAUUCCAUCUAAUCAUGAUUUUCAAAAGAACAAGAUAAAAAACCGGGAAGACAUGGUUAAUAUGAUACCACCGUUCUCUCAUAACCCUUCUGUCAGUACUCUCCCAGGUCAUGUUUAUAAACCACCAAGGGAAUUAUUCGGCCCUUUAUGUCAUAAUUCACAACUUAAUCAAUUUCAGUCAAUAUCAUCACCACAGUUACCACUACAACUGGUGUCAUCGUCCUUAUGCUCAAAUCCAUUUUUGUCACAUCAAAAUUUACUGAAACAAUUCAUGGGUAUUGAUUCUGAGACUGCUAACCAGUUGUUCAGUGAUCCACGUUUUAUGGAAUUUUAUGCUCUUACUAUGGCUAAAUUAAGUGGUAAUAGCGGUGGUGGUGAUAGUGUUCAUGACUCCAUUUCAUCAACACCUCGAACUUCAUCAAUACAUAAUCAUGAAAAUGUGAAUUCCAUCUGUAAUAAUAAUAAUAAUAAUAAUCAAAACAAUACCAUAAAUCAAACUAGAAAUGGAAGUACCAAUGGACAUUCUCGAAGUGAUCCUUCACUUUUCAAAGAAGCUACGUUAUCGCAUUAUGGUCAAGUCAAUUCUUCUGGUUUCCAAAAUAAAUUAUAUCCAUACAGUAAUAUGACUAGUGUAACUCGUGUUCCUGCUAUAUCUGGUACGGGUAGUUCAACCUCGUGUAUUUCAGCCAGCUCGUCUACAAACAGACUACUUCCACCAAAUUCAGAAACCAAUCCUCAGAUUGCUCGAUCUCACGCUGUAGUGGCUGCUGCUUAUGCUGAUCGUGAAUUUAUUUCUAAUCCACAACCAUUCAGUAAAACGAAAACAUCUCAAGGAACUAAUUCAUCAUCAUUUUCUAGUUCAUCUAUUCAGUUACCGCCUAUAAAUGUGCAUAGUGCAUCAAAUAGAAAUGUACAACAUUUCAGUAUGCCUAAUUCAUCAUUGUAUCCUGGCCAACGAAACAAUCUAUGUCCUACUUCUCAUUCUACAGGAUCGUUAGAAUCAACAAGUAAUUUGCAUAAUCCGAAAUCCAACUCAACUAAUGUUCAUCCGUCAUCAUCAUCUUCGUAUUCCUCUUCUGAGAUGAUGGUUAACAAACAUUUCGGUUCAUAUUCGUCAAAGCUUCCGAAUGGUGAUCCACACAACCCUCCUACAUCUAUUACUCAUGACGAUCGUAAUGUGGGACUCCAUAAACCUGAAUAUCUGCCAUCUGGAUCUCUUCAUAGAUCGGACUUACCUUUUCCAUUGCCUCCAUUCCCAUCACAUAUACCUCCUGAGUUUUUAAAACCUUUUUUUGCUGCAGACUCAUCAUCAUAUCCUGGUUCAAAACCAAACUUCACGUCGAAUUCAACAUUUAUACCUUCCAAUCAACAUUUUCAAUCUUUACAGUCAAUGUAUUUCCCUAUGAGAGGAGUUAAUCCAACCAAUCGAAUAGAUAAGACUAAUUAUAGUGGUUUACUCCAUCGACCAGUUCAUGCAGAUAAGCUCUGUGGUCGUUGGGCUGAUGCACACAUUCGAAUCGCCUUAUUUAUUCAGCACUGUAAAUCUUUACAAAGAUCACAAUCAUCUCCAAUCAUCUCAAAAAUAUAUCCAAUGUCUAGACUUCCAAUUCGUCCAGUGGUUAGACGUUUAAAUCUUGUUACACAUUCCCCUAUUGCAUCUACUAUGAAUGGACCUGUCAACUGUAAUUCUAGUAGAUCAUCGAAUACAGAACUAAUUAAUAGUCGAUCAGUUAAUGUACCAACUCCUGUCCCUCCAACUCAUCUUUCACAAGUCAACAACAACAACAACAACAACAGUAAUGGUUCGCCAUCUGAUGUAUCAUUUUGGGGGCAUCUGUUUAAUGAAUUUAUGAAUAAUUUAUCUAAGGAGUUUGUCAACAAUAUGCCAGAUUGUAAGAAUACACAAAUGGCAAUGAUACAAAAUUUUUAUUUGCAAAUGUCACAAUUCACUUCAUCAUUAGGCUGUUCUUCUAAUCUACCAGAUUUUCCUUUCUUUAAUUCAUCAGUAGCAUCAUCUUUAGCAUCGAGUUCAUCAAUGUGUAUAGGGUCAACUAUUGGAAAUCUUAGUUUUCCAUUGUACACACAGUCUAAUCUUCAUUCAUCUUCGUCUAUUAGAUCCUCAUUUCCUCCUACAGUUUCUGCCCCUUUGAAUUUUAAUUCACAACAAGGCCUUUUAAAUACUGAAUUGAAACGUAGACGAACUGAUUCUUCAAGCAUGGAUAGUAGUUCGAAUAUUCCUUUUUCAAUGCGAUUUCCUAUCUUUCCGAGGUUACCCAAUUUAAUGCCUGGUUCAUCUCAUCAUCAUCAUCAUCAUCAACAACAACAACAACAACAUUCAACAGUUGUUUCCAGUACGUUCCCUCCUUCUUUACCUCCAGCUCAUUCAAAUGUGAUAAACGCGACGACUAACUUACUGAAUGGAUUUCGGCUACCUGAAACACUGUUAAACAGACCACAUCCCCUACCUAGUGGUUCUUCUACAAUGAAUGAUACUUUUCCUUCAAGUGAUAAUAAUUCCAGACCAUCUAAUGCUGCAUCUCAUUUGGUUCCUAUAAAUCCAUGGUGA